CGCCCCCCCGCCACGCCACGCCCCCGCCCUGGCAUCCGUCACGUCUCUCGUCCGGAGCCCGGGGACGCGGAGCCAUGGUGGAGUCGAGCAGACGAGUGCGUCUCAGUCGAUGACUCGGAGGCGAAGGCAGUGUGUCAGCGGUGCGCGUCCCGGCAGGCAAAAUGUCGCAGCCCGAUGCGCAUGCGACCGUGUCCGGCGCGUUCGACGGCAAGGUGCUCCUGCUGACGGGGGCCUCCGGGUUCGUCGGCAAGGCCCUCCUCGAGAAGCUGCUGCGGACGUGCCCCGGCAUCCGCAAGGUCUACAUCAUCAUGCGGUCCAAGGCGGGGACGCCGCCCGCGCAGAGGCUGCACAGCAUGCUGCGCGAGCCGCUCUUCGACAAACUGCGUGCUGCUGGCGAGGGCGACCGCCUGGACAGGGUGGUCACUGCCCUGGAUGGCGACUGUGCUAGCCUCGAGCUGGGUCUGUCUCCGCAGGACCGCGACACGCUGCAUGCAGAAGUCCAGGUGUUCGUGCACACUGCGGCGUCGGUGCGAUUCGACGAUCCGCUCCAAAGGGCCGUUCUUCUCAACACGCGGGGUGCCCGCGAAGCCGCCAAGCUGGCCCUCGGCAUGUCAAGGCUGCAGGUGAUGGUGCACGUGUCCACGACGUACUGCAACACGCACCAGCCCGUCAUCGAGGAGUGCGUGUACGCGGCGGACGCGGACUGGCGGCACGUGAUCCGCCUGGCCGAGACGGAGACGGCGCAGGCCGUGGCCGCGGCCGUGCCCAUGGGCUACCAGCCCAACACGUACACCUUCAGCAAGGCGCUGGCCGAGCAGGUCAUGCUGGACCACAGCGACCGCCUCAACAUCGCCAUCUUCCGGCCGGCUAUCGUGGUUGGCGCCGUGAAGGAGCCCAUGCCCGGCUGGACGAACAACCUGAACGGCCCGUUCGCGCUGUGCGUGGGCAUCACCAAGGGGCUGGUGCACACCACGCUGGCGGACAAGGACGCCGUGAUCGACAUCGUGCCCCUCGAGAUGGUGGUCAACGGCAUCAUCCUGGCGGCACGCGAGGGCGCGCUCCGCGCCACGCCGUCCCUGCGGGUCUACAACUGCAGCGCGGCGCACCGCAAGACGCUCAGCGUGUGCGACUCGAUCGCGUGCGCGCUCAAGUCCAACGAGGUGGCCCCCCACGACCGCGUCCUGUGGCACCCCUUCGUCGUCGUGACCAGCAGCAUGGCCGCCUUCACGGCGCUCACCUGCCUGCUGCACUUCGCGCCCGCGCUGCUGCUGGACCUGGGGCUGCGCGUCGCCGGCCGCAGGACGUGGCUCCUUCGCACGUACUGGAAGAUCUACCGCGCCACGGUGUCGCUGCGCUACUUCUCGCUGGCGCACUGGGUGUUCCAAAACGACCAGUACUACUCGCUGCUGCGCGACCUGCGCCCCGAGGACGCCGCCGCCUUCAAGCUGGACAUGUCGGACAUCGACGAGACCGAGUACGUCCACACCCACCUGCAGUUCCUGCGCCGCUACAUCCUCAAGGAGAACAUGGACCCGAAGGCGGCCAAGAAGAACCAGGCCAUAAUGUUCUGGCUGGACCGUUUCACCAGGGUCGUUCUGCUCUACAUCGCCAUCACAAUUGUGUUCCGUGUGGUAUAUUGCUUUGUUUAGUAUGACGAAUAUUUUCGUUCAAGAAGUGAAAUCUCCUCCCAAAGAAACAUGUGCACAUGUGUAUUUUAUUCUUUUACCUUUUCUACAAUUAUAUUAAGACAGUUGAAAUAAAUCGAAAGGGCGGGAAAGGGGAGGAGACUA